UACUACGCUGGAAAUAUAACGUGAUACAUGCGUGGUACCGUGACAUAGCACCGUGACAACCUUCUCUUUUUGAAUCGGAAUAGAAAUCCAAAAAUCCAUAAAAAUCUGUGCCAAAGACAAGCUAGAAUAUUGUAUCGCUUUAUAAUCUAUAACUGUGCUCUACUUGUCUAUUAAUUUUUUGGAAGCGAAUGUGGUUCGCUGCCAUUUUAUAUUCGAUAAUUUUGGAAAAUAAUUUGAGUUGAGAGAACAAAAAGGUGUGUGCAUACCUACAAACUGCCGCAGGUUAUGCGAAGAAGCUCGUAUAAGUAUGACCUCGUACAGCGGCGAGGCGGGCGCCUGGGACGGCGGGCCCCCCGGCGCGGAGGCGGACUACGCGCCGCCGCCCGCGCCCUCCUUGCCCACCACCGACCCAUGGACCGGCGCCAGCUACGGUUACCCGUCCUACGAGCAGUACCCGGGCUACAGCGCCGGCUACGGCUAUAGCUACGACUCUGCUUACUACCCGCGCGCCGACGCGGGCUACUACGACGCCGCGGCCCCCUCGUACCCGCCGCCGCCGCCCGAUUACGUGCGCGCGCCCGAGCCGCCGCCCUCCGCGCGCCAGGAGCGGCGCCGCUCCUACAGGUCCAAGUCCCGCAGCGCCUCGCCCUACGAGCGGCGCCGCUACGACGACAGCAGGUGGCGCAGAUCCAGAAGUGCCUCCAAGAGCAAAUACACCAAGUAUUCCUCUAGCGACCGCUCCAGCUACAAGUCUAGAUCUUAUUCCAGAUCCCCGACAAAAAUUAAAAAGGAGAGAAGGUCUUCGUCCGAGUCUUCUAGAUCGGGGAGGUCUUACAAGAAACCCAUUGCCAGUAGAAGCGAUAGGUCUCUAACGCCACCUUUAAAACAUAGAUCAUCACGAUCCCGCAAUAGGUCUAAAAAUGAGGACCGGGUGAGAAGUCCUCCAGUAAAAGUCAAACGUGAGAAAAAAUCUAGAAGUAAAGGAAAACAUGUGCCCUACUAUGAAUCAAAAUCUAGGGACCGAAGAGACAGAGAUGUUUUCACUCCACCCAGAAAGAAUUUGGCGGAUUCCCCAAAAAGUCGAAAGCGGUCAGACGGUUCCGUCACUCCUCCGAUUGUCGAUCGUCGGUCGGAGCGAUCACCUCAAAGGAAAAAGAAUUACAAAGAUCGAAAUUCGGUCACUCCGCCGAGAAAACCUAGAGACAGCUCCAUAACACCACCACGGUGUUAUGCUAGAAAUCGCUCCUCUUCAAGAUCGCGAUCUCAUUCCAGAUCUCUGACUCCUAAGACUAAACAUAAACGUUCCCGUACCCCGAAGUUGCGGCGCAAGAGGUCCUCGUCUUCCAGCCGCUCGACCGCUUCGUCGACGAGCUCGCGGUCGAAGCGCCGCACGAGGCGCAAGUCGGCCUCCGAACACGAAUCUCGUAGCAAAAGUCGAUCGAGGGGACGAUCGCCGAGCGACGAACGGUCCACGUCGCGGCGGCGCUCCGCAUCUCGAAUGAAAGCGCGACGAUCAAGAAGCCCCAAGAAAUCAAAAUCACGAUCGCGAUCCCGCAGUUCCGCGAGCCACAGCGGCACGCCGAGCGACGAGGAGUGCCGCGGACAGUUCACGGUGGCUGACAGAAAACGCUUCUGGAAGAUGCACAAGAGCAGGCAGGAGCAGGCCGACAAGACCAGGACUCCACCCAAGGAGAUCAAACCUCCCCCUGGCGCUGUGGAAACCAGUUACGCUGUGGACAUCCAGUACGGGGACCCACCCGAAGUGGAAGGCCCCAAUUACGCUGAGCUGCUGCAGCAGCCCGACCCAUCCCUUCCGAUGCCUUCCUCAUCCAAAAUCAAACCCAUACCAAUACCUAUUAAAAACGAUGGCAGUUUUCUGGAAAUGUUUAAAAAAAUGCAAGAGCAGGUUAAAAAAGUAGAAGUCGAAACUAAACCUGUGAUCAAAAAACCUGUUCUACCUUUUAUAGGCAAAAGGAGAGGGGGGAGAGUUUUGAAAACCGGCCUCGUGAAGAAGGCCAAAGCGAUUGACGAACAAACAGUGGACAAUACGCCCAAAGAUGCCUGGUCUCUCUACAUGCAGGAAGUUAAAAAGUAUAGAGAAACGUCUUGCGAAGAAGAAAGAAAGACUAGGCCUCUCGUCAAAUAACAUUAUCAUAACAUUGCCUGCAUUUAGCAGUUUGUGACUGUUCUUUUUUACUGUAAUCAAUUAUUAUUUCUGUGUAAUCUUAGUUAAAUUUAAUGCAUUAUAUUACACACACUGAUAUGGAAAUAAAGAAGUUUUAAGGAUGACUGA